GCUUGGUUGCCAAAGAGAUAAGAAAUCUGUUGGAUUUGGAUUUGGGUUUUGAAGUUAUACACAAAAAAUGAUACUCCGUAUUUACUCAAUGAGAAACCUUGGCCGCAUGUACUCAAUAAUCGGGUAGAAAACUGAUUUGAAUGUCUCAAGUUAGACUUUUUAAUUGAGUUGAGGUGUUAAUUGAAGUCUAGAACCGUGUUCUUCUCAAAUGGAUAAUUUGGAAAUCAGCACCCCACCUCCCCCAUACUGAAGUAUGUGAACAAUAGUAGAUGGGAAAGGCAGUGACCUCAGUCGGAAGAUUAGUUGUGCAACAGAACAACCCCAUUUCUGUUGCGAAUAAAACUUCGGGUUCCCAGCAGCUUCAAUCCGUUUACGCAUUCAUUAUCAGCGGUGGCCGGCUCACAGGUUUCGUAUUGCAGAAUAACCAUUCGGUCUCUGUUCACAACCUGCUUAACAAAUUAUCAGCUCCCAAGCAUUUCGAAUCUCUAUACGGAUUGAUCACCAUAUUGGGUUUAAGCAAAGACUGCUUACUUUUGAAUCGGCUCAUCGUUGCAUCUGCUGUUUAUGAUGCCGAUUUCGCCACUCACAUCUUGUCUCAAAUGGGAAUUCCCACCGUGUUCGCUUACACGGCAUUGAUGCGGUCAUUUGUCCAUUCCAACCGACCGCUCAGAGCUUUAGAAUUGUAUGCUGAAAUGCUGGAGGCCCGGUUUAGCCCAAACAGCUACGCGUUUUCCUCGAUUGUUAAAAGUUGUACUUUACUCUGGGCUUUAGAGGCGGGAGAAUCUGUUCACGGACAGGUUUGCAAACAUGGGUUCGAAUCACAUGUUCAUGUCUUGACAUGUUUGGUGGAUUUCUAUUCCAAUCUUGGCAAGGUGUUUGAGUCCAGGUUACUGUUUGAUGGAAUUCCUGAAAGAGGGAAAGAUAGUGUUUUGUGGAGUGCAAUGGUUUCAGCCCUGGUGCGUGAGGGGGAUAUGAGUUCCGCCAGGGAGGUGUAUGAUAAAAUGCCUGAGAAAAAUACUGCUUCUUGGAACACCAUGAUUCACGGCUAUGCUAGUGUUGGUGAUGUUGAAUCUGCUGAGCUGUUGUUCAAUAAGAUGCCACAGAAGAAUUUGAUCUCGUGGACUACAAUGAUCAAGUGUUAUAGUCAUAACAAGAUGCAUAUGAAAUCUUUAGAACUUUUUGAGGAUAUGAACAAACAAGGGAUUAAACCGGAUGAAGUGACCAUGACAACUAUCGUUUCAGCUUGUGCCCAUAUUGGAUUCCUGGAUUAUGGCAGGGAAAUGCAUCUAUAUAUCACCCAAAAUGGGUUUGAUCUUGACUCUUAUAUCGGGUCUGCUUUAGUAGACAUGUAUGCAAAGUGUGGGAGCUUGGAGAGGUCACUAGUGGUCUUCUUGAAGCUGAAGGAAAAGAAUCUUUUCUGUUGGAACUCUGUGAUUGAUGGGCUUGCAGUUCAUGGCUAUGCGGAGGGAGCAUUGGCAAUGUUUGAUAGGAUGGAGAAAGAAAACAUAAGGCCAAACAGUGUUACCUUUGUAAGUGUUCUUUCAGCCUGUUGUCACGCUGGAUUGGUUGAAGAGGGUCGAAGGCGGUUCUUUGACAUGACCUUUGAAUAUAAAAUUCUUCCGAGAGUGGAACACUAUGGUUGCAUGGUGGAUCUUUUAUGUAAAUCUGGUUUGUUAGAAGAGGCCUUUGAAGUAAUAAAGAGAAUGCGAAUGGAACCUAAUGCUGUUAUUUGGGGUGCUUUGCUGGGUGGUUGCAGGACCCAUAAGAACUUUGACAUGGCCAGAAUUGCCCUUGACAAUUUGACCAUCUUGGAACCAAACAGUACUGGAAAUUACGCCCUUCUACUUAGUAUGUAUGCUGAAGCAAAUACAUGGCCUGAAGUGUCAAGGAUCAGAGCGGAUUUGAAGGCAUCUGGUGUUGAAAAGGAGUUUCCAGGAUCCAGUUGGAUUGAAGUGGAAAAGACAGUUCAUCAAUUUUCUGCCUGCACUACUUGUCAUCCGGCUUCCCAAGAAAUUUACUCUUUACUAGAUGGAUUAAUCGGCCUACUUAAGCAAGUUGAAUGUGUAACGGAGGCUGGAUUUGGUUUGUAAUGAUUUUGGGGCAGACUAGGUCAAUAGUGAUUGUCCGCUGAUAGAUAUUUUUGUUGCAUGAUAAAUGGUGGAAUCGUCCACCCUAGACGUCCCUCUCAAACAAUUCUGAGUAUGGUGCCAGUAGGGUUGUAAAAGAAUCAAAUAAUUUGUGCUCGAUUCGCGAUUCGAAUUUGUAUAAGACGAUUCGAAUUCGGAAAAUUCAAAUACAAAUACAAAUAAGAAUAUUAAAU